AUGGCAUGUCGCCUACGGCAUCGAGACUGUAUCAAGCAGGCGCAACAUCGUUACAAUGAGUGGAUAAUGAAAAAGAAACGACGCAUCUCCCUGACACUUCUUGGUGUUGUCUUGGAUGAAGGAGUUCGCCAAGGAGGUACAGCAGCUUGGGAGCGCGCUUACACGGCUUAUUUGGAGGCAAAAAGUCCCACUGAGAAAUAUCAGCUCAUAGGAGCAAUGGCCUCGACAACGCAACCGGCACUAAUUUCACGCAAAUCGUCUGAUAAGCAUAUUCCCACGUUUUCUUCACCUUGUUCCUUAACUGAAAAGAGACUCUUCAAGGUUCUGCGACUGUGCAUAGAAGGAUCAUCAUUCCGCCCGAACGUCAUUCCCCGCUUGCUCGCCGAUUUGACGAAAAAUGAGGCAGCCCGAUCGCUUACAUGGCGUGUUUCUUCGCGUCAAACUACAAAACGAAUUGUACUCGGCGACGGCUCAAGUCUCCUCAUCAACAGUUUACGUGCCAUGCUUGACAAACUCAGCACACAAGAGGAUCUCGAUGAAGUGAAGGCGUUCCUUGCUGACAAACGGGUUUGUUCACGUAUUCAAAAUCUGGGCAGUGCUCGCUAG